AUGGAGUCAGUCCAUCCAUUAACAGACGUUUUUCGAUAUGUUGAUGACCAUAAAAACAAAUUUGUGGAGACAUUAUCACAGGCAGUCUCAAUUAAAUCCAUAUCAGCUGAUCCUGAAUUGAGAAAUGAAGUUAAUAAAAUGAUGCAAUGGGCUCAAUCAAAAUUAAAAGCAUUGGGUGCUGAUGUUGAGCUAUGUGAUAUUGGCCAACAGACAUUAAAUGAGAAGAAAGUUCAACUUCCACCAGUUUUAAUAGGAACAUUAGGUAAUGACAAAUCUAAAACCACAAUAUGUCUCUAUGGACAUUUGGAUGUGCAACCAGCUGACAUUUCUGAUGGAUGGGCUAGUGAACCAUUUGUAUUAACUGAAAGAAAUGGAAAAUUGUAUGGAAGAGGUUCUUCAGAUGAUAAAGGUCCAGUUCUUGGAUGGCUUCAUGCUAUUGAAGCAUUUCAAAAUACUGGAAUUGACUUGCCUGUUAAUUUAAAGUUUGUUUUUGAGGGAAUGGAAGAAUCUGGAAGUAUUGGAUUAGACGAACUACUGAUACAAAAGAAAGAAACGUUUUUGAAAGAUGUUGAUUAUGUGUGCAUAUCAGAUAGUUAUUGGUUGGGAACGGACAAACCUUGUUUAACAUAUGGACUCCGAGGUAUGUCCUCUUUUUUUGUUGAAGUUGAAGGUUCCAGUAAGGAUUUACACAGUGGAAUGUAUGGUGGAACAGUGUAUGAAGCAAUGUCAGAUUUACUAUACAUUCUCAAUCAAUUGGUUGAUGUAAAAGGUAAAAUUUUAAUACCAGGGAUUGAUGAAGGAGUAGAACCAUUAUCUGAAAAAGAAAAAGAAUUAUAUGAAAAAAUAGAAUUUGAUGUAGAUGCAUAUAUUAGUGAAAUUGGGGCAUCUAAAUCACAAAAAGAAACUAAAGAAGAAUUAUUAAUGAGUAAUUGGAGAUAUCCAAGUUUAUCAGUUCAUGGAAUUGAAGGAGCAUUCUCAGGCCCUGGAUUUAAGACUGUGAUACCUCGUAAAGUAACAGGAAAAUUUUCAAUUCGUUUAGUGCCAAAUCAAAUACCAUCAAGAAUUUCAGAAAUAGUAAAAAACUAUGUUCAAAGUGUUUGGGAAAAACGACAAAGCCCUAACAAGUUCAAAAUCUACACAGUUAAUGAAGGUGGUAAUCCCUGGAAGACUGAUCCAUUCAAUGAUCACUUUUUAGCAGCUCACGAAGCUACUAAAACUGUAUACAAUGUUGAACCGGACUAUACAAGAUGCGGUGGAUCUAUACCUGUUACAUUAACUCUACAAGAAGUUACUGGUAAGAGUGUCAUGUUGUUACCGAUGGGUGCUGGUGACGAUAGUGCUCAUUCACAGAAUGAAAAAAUUGAUGUACGCAAUUACAUUGAAGGAACCAAAUUGAUGGCAGCAUAUCUCUAUGAAGUAUCUAAAAUAAAACAUUAA